GAUUAAUUAUUUAAAGAAUAAUUUUUACUUCUAAGAAUGUGCGCUGAAUCACUGGGGAAGUGGCGCGAUGCGGCCACUCUUAUCAUAGCAGCACGCUGCACUGUCGAGAGUCAAAAAGAAUAUGAUUAUCAGCUGUUGAUGACCACGCGAGCUAGACGCACCGCAUUGGCAGCCAAUCAUUGCGUAUUCCCCGGCGGCGUUCUGGACAAGCAAGGCGAUGAGAACGCUGAAUGGUUACAGUAUUUCGAACAGUUUGGAGUAAGCGAUGAUAUGUUGCAGGCACUGAUAAUUAAACAAAUAUUUCAAUGUUCUGAAGUUAAUUGUGCGCGUGAGCUAAGCAUUCGACUUAAAGCAAUACGUGAGACUUUUGAAGAGGUGGGUCUGCUUCUUUGUCGGUCUCGUGAGCAGUUAAGAGAUAAAGCUCCAGCAGCUUUUUGCUUAAUGAUUUUUCGCUCCAUUGUUGGCAAAACCGCGUGCAUGAAGAUCCCAGGGAGUUUCUGCAGCUUUGCAGAGCAUUGCAGGUUGUGCCUGACUUGUGGGCACUACGCGAAUGGGCUGUGUGGGCAAGUCCGCCUAGUCUAAAAAAGCGUUAUAUUGGCGCUUUCUUUAUAACUUUUCUGGAUGGGCAACCCGUCAGUUUAGCGUGGUUCGGCUAGGUGGAAAAGUGUCUGGUGAAAGGUGCCGGUGUGGAUGACAUAAAUAUCAGUUUUAAUUUAUCUGAACGUUAAUGCAAGGACUUUCGGCCAUAACUAAACUAUUAAACUAUCAAAAGGUAUUAUCGUCAGCAGGUAUGCAAUAUUUUCAGAAAAAUAUUAUUAGAAUGCUACUUUCUAACAUUUCUGAUAGUUUUUAAAUUAAUUUAAUUUUAUAAUUUUGUACAAAAUGUAUUGAUUCCUUUAAUGUUGUAUAAAUAUAAUAAUAAAUUACUACGUAAA